GUGGAGGUGUGUAUUUUUGCAUCUGUGUGGGUGUGUGAUACAUGAUUCCCUAACCAAUCAAAUACCCAUGUCCCAGUGAGGGCCACAUCUAUAAACCCGAGUGUGUAUUUAUGUAUAUAUAUGUAAGAGAAAGAGAGAAGACCGAACAGUCUCUAGUCCCACUUGCAGCUUGAUAUCACAGACGCUGAAGAAAGAAGUUGAAAGAUGAAGACUUUGGCCGUCCUGGUUCUCUGCUCUCUGGCAGUCAUCUGUCUGACUUCUGAUGCCUCAACUGGCUCCCAGCCUGCAGGUGACAACCCUGGUCAGGAGGGUAUGUUUGUGGAGAGGGAGCAGGCCUCUGAGAUGGUGAGACAGAAGAGAGCUGCUGGAGAUUUAUCCCUGACCCAGCUGGAGAGCCUGAGAGAAGUGUGUGAGGCCAACCUGGCUUGUGAGCACAUGAUGGACACAUCUGGAAUCAUCGCCGCCUACACCGCCUACUACGGACCAAUCCCCUACUAA